CAGUAGAACAUAGUACAGUCCGGUUUCUUCUGUUGCGAUGGCAUCAUUGACGAGACGUGUUUUGCUGCGUGGUUUGAGAUGCCACCAGCAAAUCAGAUUGAUCGGCGGUAAUGCCAAUAUUGUGUCGUCGCAUUGUAGUGAUGUUCAGAUAGAUCAAAAGACGGUCCAGGAAUUCAUAUAUCCCUAUUUCGAGAAAUUCUCCAGGUUCACUGCUGUGGAAUGUGGAUUGACAGGUAGAAAGUACACAUAUGAACAACUUCGAAAGAAAUGCAGGAAUCUGAGCAAAAAUCUUCGAACAAAAUUGAAACUAAAUCCUAAGGAUGUUGUUGCCGUUCAUUUACCCAACAUCCCGGAAUUUCCAAUAGUUACUCUGGGAUGUUUGGAAGCUGGAACUAUAGUCACGUCACUUAAUCCAAUAUACACGCCAGAUGAGGUCGCCAGACAACUGAAAGACUCGUCAGCAAAAGCAGUGGUAACCACUGUAGAAAGCAUAGAAACAGUUAAACAAGCUUUAUCCAUUAACAAGACUUUUCUACCAAUCAUUGCCAUCAAAACUGAGUCAAACCAAGCAGUUCCUCAAGGAAUCAUAUCGUUUAACGAUUUUACCGACACCGAAGUUAACAUUCCGGAUUUCCACGAGGGCAACCACAAUGAAACUACCUUUUUACCCUACUCCAGCGGCACCACCGGAUUACCCAAGGGCGUUAUGCUUUCCCACCGCAACAUAGUGGCCAAUUUGGAACAGAUCAGACACCCAAGCCUCAACUUCUUAGAAGAAGUUACAGAUAGUCACCAGGAUGUGAUUCCUGCCGUAUUACCAUUUUUCCACAUUUACGGUUUUACGGUCACCAUGUUGCAAUCGUUCAUUAAAGGUGUGAAACUUGUGACGAUACCGAAAUUUACCCCGGAAAAUUACGUGAGUGUUUUGGAGAACAAUAAAGUUACAGUUAUAUACGCCGCCCCACCGUUAAUUCUGUUUUUAACCAACCAUCCCAUGGUGGAGAAAAGACAUCUGCAACAUCUGAAGAAUAUCAUGUCUGGUGCAGCUCCUCUUGGGUCGUUGGAUGAGGAGAAGUUCUUGGAGAAGGCUGACUAUAAAGUAAAUAUGAUUCAAGGGUACGGCUUAACAGAAACCUCACCAGUAGUAAGCACUUUAACGAAAGAGCUCCAACAACAAUUUAAAUGUGCUGGCUCAAUCGGACUGCCAUUGCCCAACACUCAAAUGAAGCUGGUAGCUAUUGAUGACCCCACCGGAACACCACUAGGCCCGAAUCAACAGGGGGAACUGUACGUAAAGGGGCCGCAAGUUAUGCAGGGGUACUUCAACAAACCCAAGGAAACGGAUGAGGUGUUCCACGAAGGUUGGUUCAAAACCGGUGAUCUGAUGUACUACGACGAGAACAAAUUGUUUUAUGUGACGGACAGACUAAAAGAGUUGAUCAAAGUUAAAGGUUUUCAAGUGGCUCCGGCAGAACUAGAGGAACUUCUCAGGAACUUUCCAAAUGUCUCAGAUGCCGCGGUCAUCGGUAUUCCCGAUAUGAUCAGCGGGGAACUACCGAGAGCGUACGUCGUCCCCAAAGCAAAUGCCAAGAUCAAUACGGACGAAUUGUACAAUUAUGUGGCUGAAAAAGUUGCACCGUACAAAAAACUCAAGGGUGGAAUCGAAGUGCGAGAUUCCAUCCCCAAGAAUGCUAGCGGAAAGAUUAUGAGGAGGCAGCUGAAGUUGGAAUACCUCGAACAGAAUCCCGAAUAAUUUUAAGUGUUACUAUAUUUUUGUUUUUUAUUAAUAAAUGUUUUGUUAAAGUU